CCCGAGCCGGGUGCCCGGAGCGCCCUGCCCUGCCCUGGCUGGCCCCGCUCCGCUCCCACCAUGAUGUCCAUGAACAGCAAGCAGGCGUUCAGCAUGCACCCCAUCCUGCACGAGCCCAAGUACCCGCACCUGCACACCAGCUCCGAAGCCAUCCGCAGAGCCUGCCUGCCCGCCCCCCAGAUCCAGGGGAACAUCUUUGCGGGCUUUGACGAGACGCUGCUGCGGGGCGCCGAGGCUCUGGCCGCCGUGGAUAUCGUGUCGCAGAAAACGCACCCCUUCAAGCCGGACGCCACCUACCACACCAUGAGCAGCGUGUCCUGCACUCCUACCUCGUCCUCCGUGCACCUGCACCACCCGUCCGUGCUGACCACGCACCACCCCCACCACCACCACCACCAGCCCUCGCAGGGCCUGGACGGGGAGCUGCUGGACCACCUCAACUCCGCCCUGCCGCUCGGAGGGGUGCCGGGCCCCGACGUGGGCUCCACGCCUUCGCACCCGCACUCCCACAUGUCGGCCAUCAACCACAUGGCCCACCACUCGCAGCCCAUGAACAUGUCCCACCCCCACGGCCUCGCGUCCCACGCCGUCAUCUCCGGCCCCGAGACGGAGACGGACCCGCGGGAGCUCGAGUCCUUCGCCGAGCGCUUCAAGCAGCGGAGGAUCAAGCUGGGGGUCACGCAGGCGGACGUGGGCUCGGCGCUGGCCAACCUGAAGAUCCCGGGGGUGGGCUGCCUCAGCCAAAGCACCAUCUGCAGGUUCGAGUCGCUCACCUUGUCCCACAACAACAUGGUGGCCCUCAAGCCCAUCCUGGAAGCGUGGCUGGAGGAGGCGGAGAGGGCGCAGCGGGAGAAAAUGACCAAACCCGAGAUCUACACGGGGGGGGACAAGAAGCGCAAGCGCACGUCCAUCGCCGCCCCCGAGAAGCGCUCGCUCGAGGCCUAUUUCGCCGUGCAGCCCCGGCCCUCCUCCGAGAAAAUCGCCGCCAUCGCCGAGAAGUUAGACUUGAAGAAGAACGUGGUGCGGGUCUGGUUUUGCAAUCAGAGACAGAAGCAGAAAAGGAUGAAAUUUUCUGCCACCUACUGAGGAGGGGGCUGGGGAGGCCGCGGUGCGGGGGGUGCUGCCCUCCCGACCGCCCCCCGGCCCCUCCAAACAGGGCUUGGCGUU